AUGAGGCCCGUGCUCAGGGCCCCAGCACCCUCAGCACCCCCGGCACAGGCCCCUGGGUUCCAGCCUUACCUGCGGGCUCUUGUGGGCGAGGGGUCUGCCCGGCCAGGCUGGGCAGCAGCCCUGGGUGGGGGUGCAGGAGGACAGCGGGGUGCUGUGGCCAGCAGCUGCAUGUGCUCACGAGCCUGGCGUGUGGGGGUCUGGGGAGGCCAAAGGGGUGGCCAGGAGAGGCAGGGUCCCCCACCCAGUUCUCCGAGGCCCCGCCCCCGCCCCGCCCACGGCAGAGGCCGCGCCGGACCGGUGCCCGCAGGGGUCCGGGCGGGACCUGGCCGGCUCCGAGCCACGCGGCUGGACACUGGGUCACUGUCGGGGAAGCUCCCAGGUAGCAGCCCCGUCCCGGCACAGGCACAGAGGCGCCCUCGCCCUCCCCGGCCCGCCUGGCAACUUCCCCGCCUUCACAGGCGCCGGACGGUCGCGGGCGGGGGUCCCGGCGCUUUGUCUUCGAGGCGCCGAACGCAGCCGCCCUGCGCCGGACAAAGAACUCAACUCCGCAGGAGGCCUGCUGCUCCUCUGAAGACCCUGCAGCUCACCCUACAGACCUCCACCAGGCCAGAGAGGCUGCCAAGGGAAGGACGGGGGCCUCCUAAGACCCUAGGAAGAUGCUCAAGGCAACGUCACACACAGGAAAACCUUGCAAGCAGCAGGAAUGGAAGUGGCUGGGCCACUCCUUGUGGGGUGGCUGAGGAGAGCAGCUGUCUGCAGCUCCAGCCCAAGAGCCCAGUACCCGUGCUGCCUGCCAGGCUCCACUGGCCAGGGGCCUUCCAUCCAGGCUUCCAUGCCCACCAGCUCUGAGCCGGAAGCCUGGGUGUCCAGCCGGGAUGCAAGCCGGGAGCCCACAAGGUGACGCUCCCGCAGCCCGGGGCCGGCCCACCCUGCCUGGGUCGGGGGACAGGCAGCUGGCUUACCUUGUCGUCCACCCCACUCUCGCUGUCACACUGUGGGGACAGAGAAAAGGAAGGAGCUCUGAGCAGAAGCCCCACCGCACGGCACGAAAGGCCCUGGUCCAGCACAGUGGUCAUGGCAGCCGCUGCACACCCAGACGGACGACCCGGGAGGAGGACUGGUGGGGCCACUGGCUUGUGACCUGGGCAGACGGUGCCCCCACACAGCCUGAGAGCCCACGUUCCUUCUCCUGGCCUGCAACCUGGGGACAUAAUGAGGCCACGGCACCCUCCCUCCUCCAGGAGGGCCCGCCCGCCCGUCCCCACUCUGCUCAGGAGAAACUGGGGCUGCUGGGGACCGGGAAUUCGCUCAACGUCAACGCAAGACCAUGACAGUUGAGAAAACAAAUCUCAACCUUCUGUGUUUGCUAAGCUGAGCUCUGAAAGGAUGCAUGGCUUGAGGAA